GUUGCAACAAAACUGAAUCAUCCGAUUCCUAUUAAACAUGCUUAUCUAGAUAUAAAGAUGAUGUCUUCCUUUUUUACCUCAAUCUAUGAGGAAGACAACAGAUGGCAGAUCUUUUUUUUUUUCUUUUUUCUUUGAGAAAGAAGAAAAAGAUCACCAUUCAUUACUCAAUUAGUGAAACUAUAUCAGCUCUAAUUGCAUCCCUCACAAAAGGAGGAAGCGAAGCCAUUUAUCUCAGAUUGGAUCCAAUCAUCUGCUAAUGUUAUUGACCACCCUAAAAGUUUUCAAAGCGCAGAAAGGUUACAGGCACUGAUGAUGACUACCGUACUACAUGGGUCAAUGCAUCCUCCAAUGGUGUGUGAUCGGUGAUUCCAAAUAAUUGUUUUCAUUUUUCUAGGUAAACUAUAAGCCUCUUGAAAACCUUUCAGCUAAGAUGAGAAACCGAAUUCACGGUUACUCUAUUUUUGUACAGGAAUCACUUGUGUGCCAAAUUCGAGUGCCUCUCUCUGGUUCAGUUCAGUGUUUUCUCCCUCUUCAUCAAGCUUAUUAGCUGCUAGGGCAUGUCAUAGAUGGCCUCCAUGGUUGAAGUGGGAGUGGAGGUGAAGUCCUCCCCAGACAAGUUCUGGACAGCCAUUCAUGCCUCCACGAAGCUAAUCCCCAGGAUCUUACCUCCCCAUCACAAGAGCAUUCGGAUCAUUGAAGGUGAUGGCAACAGUGUUGGCACCAUCCGGCUCCUGAAAUAUGCCCAAGGAGUUCCACUGAUCACGUUUGCAAAGCAGGCGGCUGAGGAGCUCGACGAUGCCGAUAUCACCGAUAGUGAGAUCGUGAGCUUCUACAAGACCUUCAAGACCACCCUAAAGGUGGAAGCCAGAGGUGACAGCAGCCUGGUUAAAUACUACAUUGAGUAUGAAAAGGUGUAUGAAGAAGUUCCUGACCCACAUCUCACCCAGGAGAUGGCAGUCAAACAUUAUAAUGAACUGUUCGAUCUAUCCUAA